UUGAGCUUUAGCAGAUUCUAAGAAUGUUAUGUAUUCUGCAUAUUUGGCAUGAUCUUUCUAAUGUUUGUUACAGGGGAACACAAUUUGAGAUUCCAAAGGUUGCCUGCUACAAGACAGGAGAGAUUGAAGAUUCUUAAAAGAAUGGAACUGAUGAGUGAAAGGGAAGAAGCGGUGGCUCUUCACCUGACUAGUGAUUUCCAUACAACGCGACCAUUUUUCAAGGUUAUCAUGCAACCAUACUAUGAUCAGCAGAUGAAUUUACCAGUAAAUUUUGCAAUGGACUAUCUAGAGUUUGACCCAGAUGACAAAGUAGUCCUUGAAGUCUCAUAUGGGGAUGGAAUGAAUAGGAGGACUUGGGAUGUGGGCUACAAGUCUUGGGAUGUGGACUACAAGCUUGAAAUGAAUAAUGGAGUACCAUCACCCACAUUCCAGGCAGGUUGGGCAGCAUUUGCUCAGGACAAUAAUCUGAAAGUAGGCGAUGUGUGUGUAUUUGUUCUGCUCAGGGAAAUGUACACUGCAUUUCAUGUUCUAAUUUUCCGAGUUAGUAGAGAAUUCUUCAAGUCUUUAGGUAAACAAGGAUUAUAUGUCCUUCACUACACACUUUUUUUCCCUCUCUUUUCCCAUUUUACAUUCCUUUGGUGCAAAUUUGGUCUGAGUACAAGACUUUCACAAUUUGUGGGAGAGAUUGGAUACAAAACAGAGUUGAAUCCAGUGGGAACAAUUUAUGUCCGAAACAGCAAGAAAACUUUACAGUGAUUGAAAAAUCUAAGCUUAUUGAAAGGGCUCUAUUUAAAUCUAAAAAUCCUUUUUUUCCCGAUUGUUAUAGAACAAUCAUUCUUGGUUCAAGUCGUUGUUUGACAGUACCAUUGAACUUUGCUAAGGAACACCUUAAGAAUGAGGGUUCUGCCAUUCUUUUGAUUUCGGACAGAGGAUUUUGGUCUGUUAAAUUUGAAAUAAAGCACAAAAACAAUAGCAAAAGGAGAGCUGAAUUUAGCUGUGGUUGGAAAGUCUUUGCCAAGGACAAUUAUUUGAAAGUUGGCGAUGUCUGCAUUUUCGAGCUUCUUAAGAGAUCCGAAAAUGUAUUCAAGGUUUCCAUUGACUGUGCUGCUGAUUAUGUUGACCACUAAAAUCUCGAGGUUAUUACUUGUUAACAUUUUCAAUUUUGAUUUUGAUAUUUGGAGUUGUGUAGAUUUUUGGGUUGGUUACUAUAACAUAAAUUGAUGUGUAUGCAGCUGGUGGAAUCAAAGCAAAGCCAACAGGAGAAGUUGGAGAAGUUACUGAGUUGCUUUU